CAGCGUGUUGUUAGGCAAUGCAAGUUGAUCUAUUGUUUUGGUGGUGAUCAGGUCAUUUCUUACAUUUGUGUGCUCUGUUUUGGAGUUAUUUUCUUAUUCAGGGAAAUUGGAGUUAAUUGUUGUAGUGUCACCAUUUUUGAGUUAUGGCAGCAACCCCGUUUGAAAAUGGACCGCAUGGUCGACAUGCAAGGCGCCUUGGGCCACGCCAGCCAGUUCGUCAGCCUAACCCUGGUACACGGCACCCAGUGCAUGGACCCCAAGGAGUAGGGCCAUAUCUGACCGAACAUCCGCCCCAUGUGCACCAGCCUCGACCCUACUUCUACGUGCAUCCUGUGCAGCCCCCUCCUCCUCCUCCCGUCUACCACUACCAGUGGCCCAUGCCCUACAACCCAUACUCUGGCUUUCCAGGGAUGGGUUACGGUAUGCCGGGUAUGGUUAUGCCACCGUUCCCUCCCCAACCAUACAUGGAGGCUCCAGGUUAUAUUCUUCCCCAUGCCCAGCUGCACCCUGCUGAGUAUAGACAAUACCAGUUUCCUCCUGCUGCCAUGGUCUACCAGAACCACAACAAUAGGUUGAGAACAUUUUACCAGAACACCACACCCAGAGAGACUGUCAACUCCGAAGUACAGACUGAACCACCACCUGAAGCGGAGAAAGACUAUGCUCCCUCAGCUGCCCCUCUGGCUGGGUCAGAUUCUGGAAGAGGCACCAACUCUACCCACUCCACCACCCCAUCCUCGCCAAGCUCCAAUGCAGAGAAACAGAGCUGCCCGGAAGUAGAACCUAAUUCCCCCACAGACCCACCUGCAGCAACCAAGACCAUCCACUCACGUAGGACCUCUAUAGAGGCACUGGGGAAGCCUGUCCAUGGUGGAGGUCACCUAGUGCAUCAUGAUGUGUGGUCAGUUGGCUCUGCUGAUGGCAUGGUCCCCAUGUGUAGCUCCUCUGACCAGGCGGAUGAGGUUAUCAUGGCUGAGAGGUGUGCGUCCUCCUCCUUCCCAGAUGUGUUGAUCGGCGGAGGUUCGCCAUCUUCCAAAAUGGAGAGGGCACCCAAAUGUGGUCAGAUUCUUACCCAAGAAAUUACACAUGGGAAUACCACAGAGGGCGCCAACGUCAUAACAGGAAGCUGUGAAGGUGUUACGAACUUAAACAAUUGCCACUACAAAAUACUGAAGCUACCUUUUAUCUUUCAUGACUUGAUGACUGAGUCAAAGGUGAAUGAGUCUGUGUGGUCAGUGGAGUCAAUGGCACCAUACGUCCCUUCUACAGAGUGGCUGAUACAAAAUGGACUGAUGGCGCCAGAAGAUGUGGCACAGGAGUCGUCUGAGAAAGUUUCAGCUGAUCAAAGCCAGAUGUCCUUUCAUUAUAGGCAGGUACCGAAAAAGUUGAAUGAGUCAGUAUGGUCAGUGCAGUCAUUGGCCCCAUAUGUCCCCUCCAAGGAAUUGCUGAUAGAGAACGUCCUUAUGAAUCCUGAGGUGGUGACUGAGAGAGAAUCUGAUCCUGCUAAGGUCAAUCAAGGCCUCCGAGCCAGUCAGGUCAUUGAUAUAACAGAGAGAAGGAGAAGUCGGCGGUUUUCGCUGACUUUAGAAAAUGUGAAAGAGGCUGAGAAAAUGUCUGACGAGAAUGCAACUCCAUGCCAGGAGUCAUUCCAUUAUAGGCAAAUACAGAGAAAUGAUAAGGAGUUUGUUUGGUCAGUGGAGCCUGUGGAAAAAGCCAGUGUGGAUGGUUUGCCUAUUAUGCUCUCAAGCAAAAGUACAAUGAUCCCAAGUCUUCAAGGAUCAUUGAAUAGCACUCAAGGGUCACUGAAACCCAAGGUUCAAUGUAGCCCAAAUCUGAAGCCUCUGGAAGUUACAGAGCACAGGGCUCAGAGCCCCCUCUGCUCUCCAGAUGACCCUGAAACAUAUGCCUCCAAAUGUAUGGCAGGAGACCAAGAGCCUGGUUACAGUUGUCCAGGUCCCUGCAACCAGGACAUGGAGAUUGAAGAGAAGGAGCCUUCCAAACAGACUGGGCCUGUUGUACCCAGUCGACAGGGCUGCAAGCAGAUGAUCGCAGAUGUUAGGAUGCUAACGGCUCCUUCCUUAAACAGACAGUUCAAGGUGUGUGGUCUGAAGUGUUCAAAGCUACAGGAGAGGAACUGCUCCUGUCAUGAGCCGAAGCUAAACGUUGCGAGUUUCAGGAAGAGCCCCACAGGCAGACUGAAUGAGGGAAAUGUGGCCCCUGAUCUCCCCAAGCCUCAGGAGCAGCAGUGUGGCAUUCCACAGAAUCAGAAACGACAGAUGGAUUCCAGGAAAGCAAACAAGGCCAGGCCUGGUCAUGAAUUUUGUGAAACUGGGUAUGGCCCGAACAAUAAUAAAAAGAAACGGAGACCAUGGCAAAAUGGACCACAGGACAGAACACAGGCACAGACUAACCCAUCAAACUCCCUUGGACAGUGGAACACCCAGAGGAAUGGCUACCAAGAACGCUGUAAUGGGUAUUAUGGCAGAUCUGGUAAAACAAGAGGAGCAAAUGGGGAAAAAAACACAAGGUACUGACUGACCAGAUUGAGGACAAAUGAAAUAUAUUUUAACUCUAUUUAUAGGCCUACCUACAACAAAAUUAAACUUUUUAAAAAAAAA